AUGGUUUGGCCAUUCUCAAGCAAACAAACCCCAAGUGGCUCAGAAGAAUCAUUUUUUAAAUCCCAUAAUGAAAAUAUUUUUGAAUCUAUUGAUACAAAUUUGAUAGAUUUUUAUAAAGAAGCUGAACCAAUAAAACCAAUCUCAUUGGCUCCUCAAGAUGUUAAAGAACGAUAUUCUAAAGAACGCGAAGCUCGAAGUCUUGGUUUUGAACGGGCACCAAUGGCAUUUGAUAAAGGCGAAAUAAAUAGUUUACGAAGGAAAUUUGCUGAUUCUGGGGGUGACUAUAUUCAAACAUUGUGGGAAGCGGCAAAUGAGAACUGUGCACUCUUAGCAGCUAGAUAUGGUGAAUGUCAGAGACAUGGGCCUAUGUGGAGUGUUAUGAUGUCUUGCCACAAAGAAUCUGAAGCACAUAAAAAAUGUCUACAUUUACAGAAAUAUGCAUUAACCAAGGUGGGAUUCAACAACGCACUUGACACGCAGCAAAGGAAUGAAAUAAAAUAUAAAUUAGAUGAUUUAUACACCCAACAUUUCCCUGAUGGUACUGUUCCUGAAUCUGCCAAACAAGCGUUUUUACAAGACGUUGAAGAUUUGAAAAAUAAAGUUAAAGACAAGACCUAUAGGCUAUAA